GACAACAAAUCCAAUGGCUAGGGAAGGGUCAAUAAAUCCCAUAAUACGUUCUCGAUGAACUCUACAUAUUCUUUUAUGUUUUGCAUGUUUUUUUGCUUUAAGAAAGGAUGUUUAUUGCACUCACAAAGAUCUUUUAUAAUGUCACAGGUAAAGAGUUUCCAGCAAGCUCAAGACUGUCUUCCUGAAGUUCUUAAUUGUGAGGGAGUGCGGCAUAGGUGUAGAGUGUUGGUUCGUUCAGCCUCACAGGGUAUGGAUUAUCAUAGUUCAGCUGGAGCAGGGGCUGUUAUACUAGAUGACUGUACUUUUCAUGAAUCUAUCCAUCUUGAUAGUAUUGACAUGGACCGAACAUUGACACUGGUUUCACUCUUUUAUGAAGAUGGCAAACCCAUCGAGGAAAUGAAUAAGGGAUUUUCUUUGAACAAAAUGUUUGGAUUUGCAACUCAAGGUCAACACCCAUUUUCAUUUUUAGUUGCUUGGAUGUUUGGAGGUGCAUUCCCGCUUUGAAGCCGAACCCUAUCUUGAAUGAAUUAAUGUUGUGCUCUAGCUUCUUAGAAAUCCCAUGUGUAGAUUCCUAGUAGUACUAUUGGUGCUACUGCUAAAUUCCCCUUAAUGUAUUCAUUUAUAUUUCUAUCCUUGUCUUGCCACCCAUCCAUCUCAACUCAUUUUAGUUAAACUCAUCAUAUGAACAACACUUCGAAAGUUCCCAUGUAUCAUUCUGAUACAUCAUGAUAUUUACAAUAUUUCACAAAUAUCCUGCAGUAUUUUGCCAUGAUAUCAUCGACAUUUGGUCUCUCUCUCUCUCUCUCAUGUUUAGAGUGAUUCCCUUUGUGAUAUCUUUUAUUUAUUGAAAAAAAAAACUCCAAUAUUGAAAUACUCCAGAUCAUUAUGUUUUGAAGGAGCCUUUAUACCAUGAAGCAGACUCUCCUUACUAUUUCAACUUGGCACUUCAAACUGGUCAGAAUGAUUACUUGCUAGAAUAAAGAUCCAAUGGACUUCAUUUAUACAUGGAUCUCUACCAACCAAUCCCAUGACAACAUCUUCCUAGUUCUAUAAUGAACUUUUUAAUUUCUUUUAACUUUGCACGAAGUGAAGUCCAAUUAAAGAAUCUAUUUAGUGAGGUAUCUCCGUUUUACAUUAAGAAGGUUUGUCAUUUAACCGAAAUUUGAAAAUACAGGUUCACUGGUUCAUCUUAGGCAUCUUUUCUAUAUGGAUGGGGGAACCUCAUAUGCAUGUACUGGUAAGCUAUCUCUUGUUUAUAAAGUUAUAUCUACAAAACACCAUCACGCCAAAUUCCUUUGAGCUUUGGCGUUGUAAUGAACUCAUCAACACCUUGCAUUGUCCU